GGUUAGGCAGAUGGCUCCUGGAAAAGGAAGUGAGAAUGUUGCGAACGUAGCAAACGUAAGGAACGUAUCUAGAGCGGAGAGAAGGGAGUGUGCAGGGAGGAGGGAAAAGCAUUAGGCGGAAGUGACGAUACCCUCGUUUAGGGCGGAAGUUCUCUGCCCCACCCGUAAAGAUUGAGAUUUGACUAGAGGCAAGAGAGGAUCUUGCCCGGGCUCCAGUUGUCCACGGCUCCUCCUCCUGUCGCUUCCGGCGCAAUUCCUUGGACUCAGGAGCAGGAUAAGUAAGGGAAGGGAGUGAAAAUCAAGAGAUGGUUGUAGCAGUUGUCAGUGAGAAGGAAGAUCUCAUAUUUCCAAUAUGGACCACACAUCCCCGACCUACAUGCUUGCUAACUUAACCCACUUACAUUCUGAACAACUUCUGCAGGGCCUGAAUCUUCUUCGUCAACAUCACGAACUCUGUGACAUCAUUCUUCGAGUAGGUGAUGUUAAAAUCCAUGCUCACAAAGUGGUACUUGCCAGCAUCAGCCCAUAUUUCAAAGCUAUGUUCACUGGAAACCUAUCUGAAAAAGAGAACGGUGAGGUUGAGUUUCAGUGCAUUGAUGAAACUGCUCUCCAGGCCAUUGUGGAGUAUGCCUAUACAGGGACUGUUUUUAUUUCACAGGAUACAGUUGAAUCUCUCCUUCCAGCAGCAAACCUACUCCAGAUAAAACUUGUCUUGAAAGAGUUUCUUGAAAACCAACUUGAUCCUGGUAAUUGUAUUGGAAUUUCUCGUUUUGCAGAGACAUAUGGUUGUCAUGACCUUUAUUUGGCAGCCACUAAAUACAUAUGCCAGAAUUUUGAAGCCGUUUGCCAGACUGAAGAGUUUUUUGAGCUUACACAUGCGGAUUUGGAUGAAAUUGUUUCCAAUGACUGUUUGAAUGUAGCUACUGAAGAGACCGUUUUUUAUGCACUUGAGUCUUGGAUCAAGUAUGAUGUACAAGAACGCCAGAAAUACUUAGCACAGCUACUUAACAGUGUGCGAUUACCAUUGCUGAGUGUUAAGUUUCUCACUAGACUGUAUGAAGCAAAUCAUCUCAUUCGCGAUGAUCGCACUUGUAAACAUCUUUUGAAUGAAGCCCUAAAGUACCACUUUAUGCCUGAACAUAGACUCUCUCAUCAGACAGUCUUGGUGACACGACCUCGUUGUGCUCCCAAAGUACUUUGUGCAGUAGGAGGAAAAUCUGGGCUGUUUGCCUGUUUGGAUAGUGUGGAGAUGUACUUUCCUCAGAAUGACUCAUGGAUUGGUUUGGCACCCCUAAACAUUCCUCGCUAUGAAUUUGGAAUAUGCGUUUUAGACCAAAAAGUGUAUGUUAUAGGUGGUAUUGAAACUGAUGUGCGUCCUGAUUUCACUGUCAGAAAACAUGAAAAUUCAGUAGAAUGCUGGAAUCCUGAUACAAAUACCUGGACUUCUCUUGAGAGAAUGAAUGAACAACGAAGUACUCUUGGAGUAGUAGUACUUGCAGGAGAACUUUAUGCUUUAGGUGGUUAUGAUGGACAGUCUUAUUUACAAUCUGUAGAGAAGUAUAUUCCCAAAAUAAGAAAAUGGGAACCUGUGGCACCAAUGACUACAACACGAAGUUGUUUUGCCGCAGCUGUGUUGGAUGGAAUGAUAUAUGCCAUUGGCGGAUAUGGGCCUGCCCACAUGAACAGUGUGGAGCGUUAUGAUCCAAGUAAGGACUCCUGGGAGAUGGUUGCGUCUAUGGCAGAUAAAAGGAUUCACUUUGGUGUGGGUGUCAUGUUAGGCUUUAUUUUUGUGGUGGGUGGACAUAAUGGUGUCUCACAUUUGUCAAGCAUUGAAAGAUAUGACCCUCAUCAAAAUCAGUGGACUGUGUGUAGACCAAUGAAAGAACCCAGAACAGGUGUUGGUGCUGCAGUAAUUGAUAACUACCUUUAUGUAGUUGGUGGUCACUCAGGGUCUUCCUAUCUGAAUACUGUGCAGAAAUAUGACCCUAUCUCAGAUACAUGGCUAGAUUCAGCUGGCAUGAUAUACUGUCGCUGCAAUUUUGGAUUAACUGCACUUUGACAAAUGUGGACUCAUGGAAAGAAUGAGGUGAUGAACCUUGUGCCACGUGAAAGGAUGCCCAAUUAUCUGAAACCCAGAAGCUGCAUUGCUUUCUUUUUAACUUGAAGUGGCAUGAAGACUCAAAGUUUUGUUGGGUACUUUGAACUGACAGGUAGCUUUGGUUGCUCUUGAUUACACAGUGAAUCAAUAAUCAAAAAAAAAGAAAAAAAGAAAAAAAGAGAUCUUGCCAAUUGAAUCGUGUACUUCUCCCCCCAAUACUGGAAUAAAGUAGUUUUAUGUUCGUUCAUGUACAUGUGGAGAAAACCUUGCUGCUCUUUUAGCUCGCUCCCUCCUCUGUAUGCACCAUGAUUUACUAGGGUAAAUGAUGCUUAGAUGUUAGAGUGUAUUGAAUGACUGGACAGAGUGCAGAUAUUGUCUGUUGGAUGUAAAUUCAUAUGCUUCACAUUUUAAAUAAAGGGCUGCUUUUUUUUUUUUUUUGGUACUUUUAAAGGGGUAUAAAUUAUAUGCCAUAGUGAGUCACCUGGAUAUUAUUCCUGCUAAGUGGUUUUGGGGCUAGGGAUGUAAUACGUUUGCAAGACAAAUACUUUUACUAUCAUGAUAUUUGAGGGCUUAAUUAAAGAAGUCAGAGAUUUGCUGUUUAUUCCUUUUUUAUAUGGGCAGGUUAAUUCUGGAUGGAUUUACUUUCCCAUCUAUGCUAUGCUGAGCAUGGAUACAAAGAAUUAAUGCAUAUCACUUUAAUAUUAUUUUAGUAGUAUAGCAGGCUUUCCCGUGUCGAUGUAAAUAUUUGACAAAUGUGUAGUACCACCUUUAGUGCAUAUUGAUUUUUUUCAUAUAAUAAUUUUAGUUUUUUAAGACCUUUGCUUUUUCAAAGUGUUCAGAUAUAAAAAAUGGUGCUAACUGUAGGAGCUAUAACAAGGCUAUAAUGAUGUUCUUUUGGAUGUUCAGUAUGAGAUAUGCAUGACGUGUUUUAAUAGUAUUUUUCAUUUUUACUGGCUUGAUUCAUUUGUGCUUAUUAAAAAUAUUAGUAAUUAUACCAAUGUUAACAUCCAAAAAUUAUCUAAAUGCCUGUUAUGUUUUUCAUGGUUCCUGAAUAGUGAUUUAAAGAAAGAUACAUUUUUGAUCUUCCUGUGCUAGAUAUUACAUGUCCUUAAAACAAAAAUAUAUUCAUUAAAUAUAAAGCACUAGUCAGUUAUGCAUUACUUUGUACAUUUCUUAGGUAACUGAAUGUUUUAAAGUUACUGAGGAAAACUGGAGCUCAUUUACUUGAGUAAUACUUCUAAAUUUGGUUCUACUUUGAUUAAAGAAAUAAUCUUUUAAAGCAAAAUUGUUUGCUAUGGCCAAGUGACAUAUUUAAAAGAAGUGAUUGGCUCAUUUUGUUUUAGCAUGUUUUAGUAAAUGUCUGUUAGUCUUGAACAUAUUACCUUGCAUUUUAUUAUGAUAUCGGUACUUUUAUUUUUGGUACUGUAGUCAUUUUUCUUUUCCAUGAUUUCUUUUUUUACCUGCCCACCAUCUCUUUAUAGUCUCUGCAAAACUAAUGUAUAUUUGUUUUCUAAGAAAAAUUCAUACUGCAUUCUUAAGUGCCAUAAUGUUCUAAACUGUUGUUAAGAAGCCAUUUGUAAUUAUAAAGUGUAAGUUCAUUUGUUAGUAUAUAUGUUACUUCUUGAAAACUAUAGCUGGGCAAUUUGCGGUUUUCCUUGUUCUUCCAUAAACUGCCAGUUGUAGAUUUAAAUGUAUACUACAAAACUAUGUAAAAAUCUUCCUUAAGCAUAAGGAGUAUCAUGCUUUAUGAAUAUUUGCACAUAUUAUAAAAAUUUGCAAGUGAUUUUUAGUCUCUUCUAAUUAAGAACUCAGCAGGAGCUACUAAUAAAAUUGACAGGCUGAGUAUUUUCUAUGUUGCUUGUUUAACAAUGAUAUAUAGCAAUAACUUUUUAAUUGAUUUGAAUAAAUCUAUUGAAUAGAAACAAGGUGCACUAUUAUGAUUGGUCUAGACUUUAAAGAAAAGCAAUUUAAAAUAGAUUUCAUCAGAUACUUAAUUUUAAAUCCCCAACUUGAUUUUCUUUCUAUUUAUAGCAAUGAAAUUGUUAAGUACAUCCUAUUACGCUAUUUUUUAAUUCUUUCUCCCCAGAAAGGAAUUUGAAAGAUUAGAAAACUAUUUUAAUCGUAAACAGAUCUAUACUAUACAUUUUAUUUUAACAGUGUUUUACUCAGUGUAUCAGCCUCACUAUCAAAUUAGUAUAAAAUAGAUAAUCAUUAGGUAAAUUAGAUCAAAGGGAUAUAUUGGUCAUUGUUUUGGGAAAAUCUGAAUUUUGCGUUGAAGAAGACUAAAUGUGAAAUAUUUUGGGCAAUAGUAGGAGCCAUACCAGAGAACAACUUAUGAAAACCUGUGAAAAGAAGAAAAAUACCAAAUUUAGAAAUUUUUAUUUCAGGUUUGCUAAGCAUACUCUGCUGUUCAUAACAGCAAGAGAUAUUAAUGCAACCUGACAACUGAUAACUUUACAAUAGACCCGCCUUGUACAGAUUUGUGAGAAGUUUCAUCAUGAAUAUUCUACUGACAAAAGCCACACAUUUCUUAUGUUAAAAAGGAUAAAGAUAUUUGAUUAUAAAUUCCCAGGGUUAAAAAUAAUAGAAAUAAUUUUAUAUAAUCAGGCAAAGAGGAGACAGCUAUUUAAGAUUGCCUAAAAAUAUUUUUGAAAAAAGUUACAGUGAGAACUAGUAAUUAUCUAAUUAGAAUAUAAUUACCUUCUAUAAUUAUUUUAUGAAGGCUUAAUCUACUAGAAAUGUUUGGCUAUUUAAUAGUUGUUGAAUAUAGUAAUAGAACUUAAGUGGUUUUUAAUGUAGCCCAAAGGAUAUUUAUGUAGUUCCAUAUGUUAUUACUAAUAUUGUUUUAGAUACAAAUGAAUAUUAAAUUAUAGGAAGUGGUAUCAAAUGAUAGGAAAGUGAUAUUCAUUAGGUUUUGAAAAAUUAUUUUGAUAACUUGACAAAUAUGGCAGGUCUACUAUAUGUAUGAGAUCCUGUGCCAGAUGCUAUAGUGGCUAUAAAUAAGAUACAAUCUUAUCAAAGAAUAAAAUACAGUGAGGGAGACCUGUACCCAAGUCAUGGUGGAGUGUGAAUCUAAUUCCUUAUCUCCAACAUCAUAAGAAGUAAUUAAAGACCCAGUUUAUGUAUAAACUUUUGUGUCCUUUAGUGUUCAGUGUUUUAUUGACAAUUAUAAAGAAUCUAAAGUUUAUAGAAUUCCAGAUUUCUUGGAAUUGGAUAAUAUAUUUUUUAGAAGAAAAACAAGAUAUAGAAACUUAAACUAGUAUAUUAUCAAGGCUCUGGAUGACAUUGAAGGAAAUAUAUGUACAUAUAAUGGUGUGUUUUCAGUUUUGGUGUUGGAUUUCUGGUAUUGUCACCUAAGUGCUCAUUUUCAGGAAAAUCAAAUUCUAUAAUAGAUACUGCUUAAAUUCAAUAAACUUGUGAUAACCUCUAUAACCUCUGUAGUCUGAAAAUUAUGAAAUUUUAAGUUGUCACAUGUCAACAUCCAGUUCUAUCUUUUAACCUUUUUGUCCUUUGUAAACAGCACUUUAAAUUAGAUAUGAUUUAAUUAAAUACAGUUAUUCUGUGGCUGGAUAUAUAUUGGAUUUUGCUUACAGUAUAUUGAUUCAGUGUUGAGACAUAUUUGAGAAGACUGAGGAGUACAAUAGGUUUUUAAUAUAGGUUUACAAGUUUUCUUACUGGUGUGGAUAUGGAGUCAAAUAAAAAUCCAGUUUACAUCUCUGCAGAGAGAAAAAUUGUUAUCCAUAUGUCUUUUAUAUUUCACAUAUUUAACUACAGACAAUUUAUUGUUAAUUUUGUCAAGUUAUCAUGUGUAAGUCCCAUUUAUUUUAAAAUACCAAGCAAAAAGUUCCAAGCUUGCCUUAAAAUACAAGUGAAAUUAAAGAACUGGAUGAUAAUGCCUAUAUUUUUGCCUUAUGAAUUGUGCUGUAUCAUAAACCAGAGAUGGUUUUGAUUUUAACAGGAUUCUGAAAUUUUGUAAAUGUAGAGUACUAAUAUAUGUACUCUCUUGCAAAGAAUGUGAUCUAGCUGUGGGUUAUGUUAAUGUUUAAUUAUUUUUAUGCAUUUUACCUCUAAAUAUGUAUCUUUUUAGUAUCGGGAUUUCAUUUUAUUUUUGUUUACAUGGUAAAAUGGCUAUUAACUCGUUGAAGGUUGUAUUCUUUUGUCUUUAAAAGUUAUUUGUAUGCACUAUUGUGGUAAUGCUCUGUAAUGACUAUGGUUAAAUUUCAUUUAAUGUGAAAUGUUUAGAAUAAAUUUGAAAAACAUAA